AUGCGACAUGACUGGUCAAGCGGCAUAAGUAGUAUUCACCGACGACACGAUCACGAGCUCUGCGAUCAGCCUGAGAAUGCCUCGUCUCUUACCACGACUGAUAAAUCUUCAACUGUCGGAAUACUACCCUGGGUCAAAACAACAGGCUCGGAAACUCCACCUGUGCCGAAGAGACCGUCUCAACUCAUCGAAGAUUAUCCUCAAUCCGUUCUUCUUUCACCCCAAAACGCCAUCACCAACGCACACGAACAUGUCCGCCACAAACCCGCUCCUCCCGUCCUUCGAGCGCGUAAAAGACUCUCUGGUCAUGAUAGGUCUCAGCAACGAGAGAUGUCGCCCCAAGAACGAAACUGGUGGUCGAGCCCGUACCUGCGAAUGCUUUCGACACCUAUUCGACAGUGUUACUUGACCAAAUGCUAUCUUCCUUCCGACCUGCUCAUACGCCUUGUACCCAUGCGCCUUCCCCCCACUUUCCGGCUGGCGCAAAAGGACCUUACUCACGCCAUAGUGCCGGAUGGUCUCCUCAACUCAAAAUAUCAGGCUCGCAAACCUGGCCGAGCAUUCUAUGUGGUGUGCAGAAAAGACGCGUUUGGUGCGCUACGCCAUCCUAAGAUGUAUCGGCGCUUGAAUGCUGCUCCCUCUGGACGACUCGCGGACCACAUCUCACAUCUGCUGCGUGUUCGUGUGCUUCAAGAGCUCGAGAUCCUGGCUCGAGGUGCGAAACGUGCGUUGACGGAUAAGAGGAGGCCACAAGACCCAGAUCUAUUACGACGUCUAACGAGAACGGAGUGGGAAGAUGUGAAGACAACCAACGUCCUACGAUACCCGGGGGCUCUUGCUGUCCUGAUCAUCCCCCCGGUAAAUCGCGAUCCUACGACCAAGUCCCGCCCGGAGACGGCCGAUGCAUUAUCGACCAAACCGUCUCCGACACCAACCAGAGCGUUCAAACCACCGCCUCCGUUGAGUGUGCUCCAUCCCAGUGCAGACCCUGUCCAGAAUCGGAUACCCACCCAUGAAAUCGUGACCCACGAGUCGUCGACAGACACGUACUGGGAACAAGAGCGGGAACGCCGAGCUGGGAUUGAAGCCCGCGCAAAAAGAGCGGCCUUACCAGCUAUUGAUUCGCUCAUUGAAACGAUGGAAUCGAUCAAGCCUGCACCUCCGAGUUCUCUUCAAAUCGAAGAACAAGGCGAGAUCGAUGUGCAGCCACACGCUGAAGAGCAGAUCCCAUUAUACAAUGGAAUCGCGCUCUUCCCUGACCGGGCCCAGCGCGCAUACGCGCACAAAUUGCUGACUCGGAUUCUCACGCUGGAGAGCACUCGCAGGGGCCUUCAGCCUGAUCUCAGGCCCAAAAAGAAAAGCCGUCGGGAAAUCAAGAGCAGUCACGCGUUUCUUUUGUGUGCUGAUCCGCCCGUCGACGCUGCAGCACUUGGAGUUGCGCUUUGGCGGCUGCGCAUGUGGGAAUCCGGAGGCGACAAGAUUGGAGACCACCUGGAGCGUUGGCCGUGGACUAAGGACUUGUCUUUGUAG